AUGGCAGCCUCCAGCCUCGUCCGAACUCGUCUGAGAGCCUACAGACCCAGCGAACGUUUGCAGAGGUACCAAAGAGAAAGGAUCGGACAGAGUGGAAGAGCUGCCGCCUCCGAGACAUAUGUGCCACCCUCCAACCUGUCGCCUGCCUCACCAGUUCAAUCAGUCGGUGAUCGUGGUGAUCGGCCGAGAUCGAAACGGAGGAAGUUGACUGACGGUACAUAUGAGGAUGAACCUCGAACGUUUAGCUAUGGGCACAAAGGUCAGGUCGUCCCUGGUCAACUGAGGCUGGAGAUUAUCAGCUGUGACGGCGGAGAAUAUUCCGAUCCUCAUGUGGCCAUCAAUUCUUAUCCACAGAAUGUCCUCAAAGACGAUACCAGCGUCUACUGCACCAAGUCCAACAAAUGCAACCUCUUACUGAAGCAUGUGGGUGGAAUGCCUUUUACCUUGACCGAGAUCGUGGUUAAAGCCCCACGUACCGGUUACGAUGCACCAAUUCAAAACGGGUUGAUUUUCGUUGCAAUGGAAGAUGAUAAUCUCCUCGAUCGGACUUCUCAGUACGAUGUGCGCUGGUCUCCAAAGAGCUACCGCCAUCAACGACACAGACCAAAUGGAUAUCGCCCUUCCCAUGAGUAUAUGAACUCCACAAGGUCUCCUCUCAGGUCCAUUGAUCGUUCUAGGUACCUCAACAAUCCCACAAGUCCUGAAGGUGACUCUCAUCUCGAGGUCCCUCUCGUACCCGGUCUUCAUGUAACAGUGGUAGAACCGUCUGAUGGAGAAGAUGGCGGUGAGGGACCACCAUCACCGCGACCGUGGCACGACGAUGAAUAUUCAUUGAGAUCCUACGUCGAUCGGUAUCGACCAGUAUAUUUCGGAAACGACCGCAAUGAUGGUCCUUGGUCUAAUUCGAGCGACUCAGAAGGCUAUGAGCCCGAUGUUUCUUUCGAAGACAGGGAAUCAGGGGAAACAGAACGCUUCCAACGGCAGCAACUCGAUCUCGAAAAUACACUCGCCCAUCGGAAUCGCAUGCUGGAUCUCAUGCGGGCACAGCAAAUUCGUGAGAGCGAUGAGUUUUUUGGGCGUCGUAGCCGGGAAGUCGAGCUCGAUGAAGAGGCAUCGUACAAUCAUCGCUCAACUUCAAGUCGGAUAGGAGCUCGAACGUUUGCUCCGGCGAUUGGGACGCCGGAUGUUGGUUAUCCCUCGGAAGAGCGGUCCAAUCUAUCAACAGAAGCUGAAGCUUCGACCUCGAAAACUGGGUCCAUUGGAGUGGCAGCUAGCUCCUCUGCAAGAGCUGGCGUUGCGCCACACGCUUUGUUCUUCAUCAGUCGAAGCAAAUCUAGCACGGAAAUUAAAUUCGACCCUCCAAUUUCGGGUCGCUAUAUUCUUGUCAAACUAUGGGCGCAAUGUCCCAAUGCCAAUAUUGACAUUCAAGCUAUUCUGGCACGAGGAUAUGGCGGCCCUCGUUUCUUCCCCAUCUCGGAGAUGAGGUGA